UUUUUAAUCAAGGUAUUUAACAUAGUUUGGAAUAUUUAUACAAAAUUUCACGAUUUUAGGGUAUCUUUUGACAAAUUUAUUAAAAUUCGCGCCCUACCAGUCUCUUUCCUCAACUUAACUUUCUCCAAUUCUUCCCCUAUUCUGCCACAUAAAUACGAAAAAGCUCGCUUUUGAUCAAAGAAAAAUAUUCGUAGCCCUUUUAGGGGAAUUAUUUAUAUGUUUGUGGUUUGAUUUUUACUUUUUCCUUUCAAAAUUUUUCAAAAAAUUUUUUUUUUAUUUUCUUUACUCAAUCUAAGGUCAAUUGCUCUAAAAGUUCUUUGAAAACUUUUUUAUUACCUUCGCCGUUCCGAAAUUUUUUCUUAAAAUUUAUUUUUUCUUCUUUGCUCUGUCUAUACACUUUUGUCGGAGUUUAUAAUAAAAUUUUUUGAAAUACAAAAUCUUCACUUUCUUUUUGUAAAACAAAAAUCUUCCCCUUUUAUCUUUCCUCUUCUGAAAUAAAAUUUAUUUUUUAUUUUUUUUAAUUUCCGGAAACUUCUCUGAUUCUUUCAGUAUAAUUUUCCGGUUUUAUUUCUCGUUAUUAAAUGUUCAGUUAAUCUUUCCGGAAAACUUUUUAAUUUUUGGAGACGGAUUCCGGAUAGGGAGGGUUGUGUAUAUACUCUUUCCGGAUUAAUUUAUAUUGAGGAAAAUUUCCGGAAUGUUUGUAGAAUCCGGAAAAAGCUGCUGGAUUUUUUCGGAAUGAUCUCUCUUCCUUUCAAUAUUUCUUUUCCGGAAUUAAAAAAUUAUUUUUAACAUUAAUAAAGACGAAUUUUAUUUAUUUAAGGUGAUAAUUCUGUUAAUAUGUAUUUACAUUAUUUUUCCUUUCCGGAAUAAAUUAAUAAUUAAUUAUUUUUUUAUUUUUCAGUUAAUUAGGGCUGCUUUUUGCAAUUCAAAAAUCAACAAAUAAAUAAACUUUUUAAUUGCCCUAUAAUUACAAAAUUUAUUCUGGAAUAAAAAUUCUCGGAAAGAAAAUUAAAAACAAAACGUCCAAAAAACCUAUUCAGCUGCAGCAGCUUUUUAUUGCCGCCGCUGCUGAUUGAAUUUUGAUAAAAAGCCCAUGCGUAGAUUUCUGGCUUUGGGCUGCCAAGAGCCGUCACUGCUGUGCUGUCCAGCCGAAGCUGCAAGUCCACCGCCACUUUCAGCCUUUCAACGUUCACCUAAUAAUUGCUCUGUUGGAGCCACCACUUUAAUUCCUUCGCCGAAUCCACUCAGCGCCGCCACAACAGCUGUGGACAGGCUUUUUACAAAUAUUGAACGCCAACUUAGUGCAAAGAUAGCACUCAUCGACCCGCUGCUUUUAACAGCUAGUGGUGGAGGGGGAGGAGGGGGUGGUGGAGGUAAUGAAGAUGCCAAUGAUCAACAGAAAAGUCCUCUACCCAGAUGUGGUGAACAACCUCAAUAUACCACCUCAACACAACUACAAGAACAACAAAAAGACAAUAACAAUAGAGAAGAUGAACAGAAAAAACAAAGUGAAGAAGGGAAUAAUCAAAAUCAAAAAUUGGAGGGAGGGCCACCUCAGAAAGGGCUUGACGCCUUUUUUGCGGCAUUGUCAAGUGCUAAUGAUAAUGGACAGAAACAACAAGAGAAAUCCCCACCCCAAAACCAAUUAAUUUGUGGAGGACCAUCAUCGACUCAAUUUAGCUUCCCACAGACAUCUGCUCCCACAACGGCUUUUCCUUCUACCGAUGAUAGGCAUAGUAAUGCUAAUUUUGUUGGAAAUAACAAUAACAACAAUAUUUCCUCCAAUACAUCACCAACAAACCCUUCAAAACCUCAAAAUCCUUUAGUUUCAAAUCAACAAAAUUUAAGUAAUGCUAUAGCCAAUGCUGCAGUAAAUAUAGUAAAUGCAGCAAUUGCUGUACAACAACAUCAAAACCAACAACAACAGCAACAUUUGGCUGCUUUACAAUUUGCUGCACAAUCAGCCGCUUCUAUGCCAUUAAGUCCUCAACAGGGGUUAAAUGCCCAGGUUGGGGCAAUUCUAAAUCAGUUAACUACUGCUGCCCCAAAUAUUUUACGACCGCUUGGAACACAGUCUAAGCCUAUACCGGUAAUUUUUGAUAUUUUAUACAGUCGGAUUUUAUUAUAAGAUAGACCCAAUAAUAUAUAUAUACAAAACAGUCUAAAAUAGGUUUUUUCCUAAAUUUGGUUGGCACCGGGUGGCAUGCAUCAGGGAUGUCAAAAUUCUCUGAAUAAUAUCGGGUUUCGGGUAAUCCGUGAUAGCGUUGGCAGUGUUGGUAUACCUUCCGCCUUCCACUUAUAAAAUGUGGCAUGACCCAUCCCUUCUUGAAGGGCUGUCUAAACAAUACCUCUCUAUCUA